AUGGAAGAGAACAAACAGCCCUUCCUCAGACUUGUGGGGAGAUUUUUCCAAACCUCUCACGUCAUUUGUCCUGCUCAGCCAUCUUCUUCACUUCACUUGAGCUCUGUGCGAAGAACAAACGCCACAUCCAGCGAAUCAACGGCGUUACUCCAACGAAUCACAGGCGUUUCUCCGGCUACAGCCUUGCAUGAUGAGGAUGGCCUUUCUGUUUUUACUGGUCUGCAUUGCUUCUGCAGAACUGUUCUAGCUGGCUGGAGGAUGCAGGUUCAGGUUUGGGCAAUUUGUAGGCAGUCUGUGUUUUGCUCAGCUGCUUCAUGGGCUGUUGAAAGUUUUACCGAGGGAAAUGAAGGUGACGAACUGAGUUUAGAGAAAUUUCAGAAGCUGGGUUGGAGUUACAAGGCAGUUGAAGAAACUUUGGUGGAUUCCGUUGAAAGCUACAAACAAGCUGGAAUUCUGGAGUAG